AUCCAUUAGAGUGUUGAUUAGGAUUUAGUACCUAUAAAUUGCUGGUUGUGUCUCUCUACUUCAUACAACAAUCAAUACAAAGACUGGAUCAUGCUAACAUUUAGAUCUAUCUUGGAUUGUGAAGGUUUCUGUUUACGAUUUUAAAACAAUGCCUUGGCAUAAGAACAAAACACCACUUUUGACGUCCCUUGGGUUAAACAAUUUUCGGUAUCUCAGUGCUUCUGGUUCUGAGCCCACGCGAUCAGCUUUUAGCCCUCUACAAUCCAGCUUAGCCUCACAAGUGAAGCAGUUAUUUGAUCUGUGGCAAGUUACGUGGCUGCAAGACAGCUGUAUUUUCACAAUGUUUUUCCUUGUCAGUUCAACAAAAAGCAAAAGCAGUAGAGUGCAGAAGUAGCACUUCUGUCUCAAAGCAAGGAGGAACUGACAAAACAAAACAAGAGAACACAGACCUAAGGUUACAGGCAAAAAGAAAAGAAACUGAAGAUCAUAGUCGUCAUCUACAAGCACUAUGUCUCGCCCUGCACACGGAAGACCAGGAUAUCAUAAAAUAAGCAAAGACCUUUUUGUCCUUACUUAUGGAGCUCUGGUCGCCCAGCUGUGUAAGGAUUACGAAAAGGAUGAAGAUGUAAACAAAUACCUAGAUGAAAUGGGAUACGGCAUUGGAACACGGCUGGUGGAAGACUUUUUGGCUCGGUCCUGUGUGAGAAGAUGCCAUAGUUAUUCAGAAAUUGCAAAUAUAAUUGCACAGGUUGCUUUCAAGAUGUACUUGGGAAUUACACCAAAUGUGACCUGUAACAAUUUGAGUAGAAAUGAGUUUUCUCUGAUUCUGGACAAGAAUCCUCUAGUGGAGUUUGUGGAAGAGCUCCCCGCUGGGCGACCUUCUCUGUGCUACUGUAACUUACUCUGUGGGAUUAUCAGAGGUGCCCUGGAAAUGGUUCAUUUGGCUGCUGAUGUUACAUUCUUGCAAGACAGACUAAAAGGCGACAGUGUGACAGAAAUAGGAAUAAAAUUUCUGAAGAAGCUAGAUGAAAAAAAAUAUAGACAGAAAAAAUGAAGAAGAGCAUGCAAAAUGCCAUAGGGUGGCUAGUUGAAGAGUUACUAUUAGCUAAAUAUGUAUAGCCAUAGACAUUUUUAAUUGUUUAGUAGCAUGAGCUUUUGAAAGUUUAUAAAUCAGCCAGUAUUUUAAAUGCUCUGCCCUAAGUUUUAAAGCUCUUUUUCGUUUGCUUAUAAAUUUUUUUUUUAAAUUUCACAUAUUUUCAAUUUGUGUCCAUAAGAUUUUAUGUACAAGUAACUCCUUAGAAGACAGUAAGCGUGAAUUCUACAUACUGUGCAAUCCAUCUUAAGAGAGGCUAUUCAUUUCAUUUACUUAGGGUAACAGAAAACACACACAUACACACACCACCUAUACAAACAGUAUAUUUACUUUUCUUACCAGGAAAAAGGGUGAAAUGAUACAGUAGAGAGCUAACUACUCUAGGCAGUUUCCAGAUAUUGUAUAUUGCAUUCUCCAUAGAAACAAUUCCAUUUGUAACAUUUUUCCAUAUUUCUGAGAAAUUGCUAAUGUGAUUUUUCUCGUAUCUUAGCAUGGCUGAUAGCUUCAGCUUCCUGAAGCUGCUCUUGAUUUGUGGUAAGUAAGGUAGGCUAUUUAUUUGGAUGAUAAUUUUGAAACAUUUUAAAACAGCAUUUAAUUUUAAUUCAUUUAGUUUUUAAAUUUAAUUUUUAGGUAGUUGGCAUUAAUCAAACUCCAUCUUUUUCUUAUGAAAUAUUGCUGAUGGCCAGGCCAGAAAAUCUCUAAAAUGAGGGUUAAAUAAUGUUCUUUGGGAAUACUUUCUUACCCCAAUGCUUAUUCACUUAGAAUUUUUAAUUAUCAUUUUUAUCCUCUAAAAAUCUUCCACUUAAAAUUUAAAACAUCCUAGAUUAAAUAAAAAAUAAUCUUCACUAGACCCUCAUCACACACUACAGCAGCCUGCAGAGCUGCCCAGAAUCUACCAGACUCUUUAGAGAACGCAACUACAAGGGACGGUUACAAUUCAUGUGACAUCCUCAGUUAAAACUUGUGUAACUGAUGUGAUAGUGAUAGAACUCAACUAGAACUCAGCGUCAUGAGGAGGACAAAGAUGACUGCAUUGAAGAAAAGCCGUCCCUGCUUCUGGACAUCUCAGUUACAUAAGCCAACAAAUUUACUUUAUUCUUUAAGGGAGUAGAGUUGGGUUUCUGUUACUCGCACCAACAGAAUCUGAAGUACUAUGUCUGCCAAAUCCCCCAUCCUCAUCAAUAGGAAUGUAACAACGUUCAUUGUGUGAUAAAUAUGUGAUAGGUCAGAAAAUUUACAAUGUACUGGAGAAUAUUAAAGAGAAUAAACUAUUUCUCAUUACAUUUUACACAUGGUUGAGUGUUCAAUGAAAUAAAACUUAUACUCACAGAGCACUCCUCCUCACAGAGAGGAAAAGGUCACAAGAGGGAGCAAAUAGACAGAGACUUGCAUUAUAGCAUGUAUCUACCCAGCACUCCAAGUUCCAGAAAAGGGAGAUUCCACAAAGAGAAGACAUAAUUUUAAAUUAAUGAUACCUGGU